AUGGACUCACCACCACCAUACAGACCCCGCAACCCAAGAACACUCUUCCUUCUGAACCUAAAACCCCUUUCUCCCUUCACGAUCUCUCGUGCUUUCGCCUUCCCCUGCCAAGAGAUAAAAAAACCAGACUUGAUGUCUUUGAGGAGGUCACCGACCUAUAUGGGUCUCGUCACUGCUACAACAAUCGAUUUUUCUAAUAUCGGUUCACCCAGAAACACUAGAAGACACAUGUGGCGAAUGGAAGAGAUUCGAGAGGAUAAAGAUCUGGUUGUUGUUGAUGAGUACAUCGUUGUUAACAAUAAACAAAAGAAAAGGAGACAUAGUGGUAGAUCGAAGAAGGAGAAAUCAAUUUCUUUCUGUUUCAUUCCAUCCCCAAUGGAGCCGGUAAGUGUGCAGAUGGUGUAUUUGCCGAUGCCAGAGGAGCUUGUACAGUGGCAAGUUGAAUUGAAGCAUGUGUUGAAUUUCAAAGUAGUUAACUAG